AUGGGCGUCUUCCAACGGCCAACCGGUAUUCUCGUGCCCGGGUCACCGGUUCGCCUGCUCACCAACGAAAUGAUCUCUCCUCCUCUCUCUCCGGAUUUCAAUUUUGACUCGGAAGUGGUGCUCCCCUCCAUCAUUCCCGCACUCGAGUACAUCUCAUCCAAGCUGCAGCAAAAGACAAUGCACGUCACCCUCCUCGUGGGCCGGGGUAAGCCCUACCCCACGGGAGAGCCAUCCGACCUGAUGGUGAUCCCCAUCACGCCUCUCGACGUCGCAUCCUGGCGCGUCCUCGAACGGGCCAUCGCCAAGGGAGCCAAGAAAUUCUCUCUGGGAUCGAGCUGGACCGAGGCGCUCAGCCGCAGCCAACACGAACGCAAAGCCAACGAAUACCUUGUUCAGCAAUCCAUCCUUCAGAACGAAGUCAUCUUCAGUCAAGAGGGUCUCACCCUUCUCAACAUGGACCGCAUUUACAUCUUCAAGCGUCGCAUGUGCAUCCUCUCCUCUCGCCCCUUUUCCCGCACCGAUGAACAAGCCAUGACCUCUUGUGUCCAGCUCCUGCAUCGAAUCAUGCAAGAUUUCCAAGGCCGCCCCUUCAGCAAGGCCUUUUUCCACCGCAUCUAUGAACAGUUCGAUGUCAAGAAUGAAUUAUUGGCCACCAUUGCCACCGCACACCGAGCCACCUACAACCAAGAAGCUAUCAUCAUUGCCUCACCACCCGCACCCGUCAAGACAGAGGCCACACGCAAGCCUCCCGCUGCGACAGCUCCCCUGCGGACUGUCCGGGCGCGUCGAGAGCCAUUGACCAAGGUCUCACCAGCCAAGUCUAAUAUCAUCAGAGGUCUUUCCACCAGUCCUGCGCAGACGAGAGAGAGGACCGCCGUAAAGCCAAGCACACACGCCGUCAAAGCCAGUCCACUCAAGUCCAGCACGAUGAAACCACAUUCUUCAAGACGCGGACCAAAGACUCCCCUUUCCGCAUCAGAUGUCACCCCCAUCACGCGCAAUGAGUGGAAUUUCCUGGGGGCGCAGGACAUUCGCCUACAGCCCACGGUGACCACGUGGACUCCUUCGCCGGUCGUGUACGCCGUGGCUUGA